UAAGGUCCCCCACCAUGACUCACGAAGGCGAGUACCAGUUUUCAAGAUUCGAUGAGCUUAUGUUACUUAAAUCUCUUAUGACAUUCCUGCUUGAUAUUGCCCUUACCAUCAAGACUAUCGUCGAUGUUUAUAAGAAUGAUACAUACCUUAAGGAACUUUACUUAUCCUGUUUCAUUAUCCCGAACAUUCUUGCUGGGAUAAAAUCACUUCACUGGUACUGGCUUCGGUAUUGCGGAAACGAACUAACGGAGGAGGAGAGGGCAAAGGAAGAGAAGAAAAAUAUUUGGAUCUUUCGCUUUGUCUUCUUCUUCUUCAGCCCAAUCCCCAGGUAAGAACGAGGAAGAGGAAGAGGAAGAAGAGUUAAAGAGGGAGUGAAGAGGGAGAAAGAGAGGGUAAUACAUAAGAAGGUGAGAAAGAGUGUGAUAGAUAAGAAGGAGAUAAAGAGGGUGAUAGAUAAGAGAGAGAUAAGAGGGGAUAGAAUAAAAGAGAAAUAGGAAAUGAGAGGGUGAUAGAGAGGUGAUAAAGAGGGUGAAAAGGUAAAUAAGAGGCAAGAAAUCAGGAGAAACAAAGAAGGUCUAGACAAUGUAUUAUGACGUAGAUACAAAGGCGAUUAAAUAAUGCUAUAGAUAAAAGUGUGAUGCUAUAAUGGUGUAGAAUCAGCGAUGGUGAAAUAAUGAUAUUCAUACAGGGUGUCAAGAGUAAGUGCGAGUGUGAUGACAGGAAAAUAACUUUCUUUACAACCUUAGUUCUUUGACGUUUUCUCAACCCAAAACUGUAUACAAGAAAACUCUCUCUUCUUUCAUUCUGAUACCCUCCCCCUCAAAAAAAAAAA